GAUUUUGCUUAUGUUAGAAUUCUCGGCAUAGAAGCCCGGCACCAACAAAGACACAAGUAUACCUGGGUAGGGUAAGAUGUGCGCAUUGGCCAAUGAAUAUCUAGUGUUUACAUAGUAUACUCCACCACAGCACCGAUUUUUUUUCACCAUCCCCUGUCUUGUCUUGGCUUGGACUAAGAAGACUUAUUAAGCCAUUCAUGGACAUGCUUAACUCAAGUGCGGUGUAAGUCUCUAGCAUCGAACCCCUAUAGUUAUAGGUCUAGGCUAGGUCAACAACAACACCACCAUGGCUUCACAUACUCCAGACGGCGAAGGGGCUGCUCCUCGCGAUAGCCAUACUAUCACCGAGCGCACUCCACUCUUAUCAGACUCCCCAUCUGCAUCUACCUCUGCCUCCGUAUCCGAGAGCAGCACCAUCACCAGCACCCCCAGCUUCCAAUCCGAGCUGUACCUCCUCACAUCAUACUCCCUCCCCCUCAUCACCACCUACCUCCUGCAAUACUCCUACAGCGUAAUCACCACCUUCGUCGCGGGGCACCUCAGCGCCUCCGCCCUCGCCGCCGCCAGCAUCGGCAUGACAGCCAUGAACAUCGUCGGCUUCGCCACCAUCGAGGGCAUGGCCACCGCCCUCGACACCCUCUGCGCGCAGGCCUACGGCUCCGGCAACCUCCCCGGCGUGGGGCUGCACGUGCAGCGGAUGCUCCUCGUCAUGGCGCUUGCCAUCGUGCCCAUCGCCGCUAUCUGGGCGUUCUCGCCGUGGAUUUUAUCCUUCUUCGUGCGCCAGCCCGAGCUCGCCGUCAUGGCGGGCUCUUUUUUACGGGCUAGUAUUCUGGGGCUGCCGGGGUACGCGGGCUUCGAGGCCGGCAAGCGCUUCCUCCAGGCGCAGGGCGCGUUCCGUCCCGCGAUGCUGGUGCUGCUCGUCUGCACGCCCGUCAACGCGCUGCUGAGCUGGCUGCUGGCCUUCCGGCUGGCCAUGGGGCUCGAGGGCGCGGCGCUCGCCGUCGCGAUCACGAAUACCCUGCGCCCCCUUCUCCUCCUCUUAUACAUCGCCUCGCCGUGGGGGAAGUGGUCUCGGUGUUGCUGGGGCGGCUUUUCCCGCGACGCGCUGGCGGUGCGCAAAUGGGGACCGGUUAUCAGACUCUCGUGCGCGGGGUCGGCGGUGAAUCUGGGCGAGUGGUUCGCGUCGGAGGUGCUGUCGUUCAGCACGGCGUACCUGAGCACGCGGCACCUCGCCGCGCAGUCCGUGCUGACGACCGUCUCCAUCAUGUCGUGGCACAUCCCCUUCUCCGUCAGCGUUGCCGUCAGCACGCGCAUCGGGCACCUCGUGGGCGCGGGGCUGCUGCCUACGGCGCGGCGUGCGGCGCUACUAUACUCGGUGGUUUUCACGGUGAUCGGGGUGGUCGAUGGGGGCGUUAUCUUUGCGCUGCGAGAUAGUCUGCCCCCGUUUUUUUCGGAUGACAAGAGGGUUUGUGAGCUCGCGGCAAACACGAUGCUCACGGUUGCGGUGUUCCAGGUCAUCGACUCGAUUAUUAACUGCACCAACGGUCUGCUGCGCGGCCUCGGGCGCCAGGGGUUCGCCGCGUGGGUCGUCUUCGCGGUCAACUACCUCGGGGCCGUUCCCCUGGCUAUGUGGCUCGAGCUGGGGUCGCCUGGCUGGGGGCUGCAGGGGGUGUGGAUCGGGCUCGGGUGCGGCAUGGUGGUGAUUGCUGUGGUCGAGGGGAUCUAUAUGAAGAUGAUGCGGUGGGAGGAUUGCGUGGAGAGUGCGAAGGAACGGGAGGAGGGUGAGUAGAUGCGGAGAGUUGCCCUUGCGACUCGGUUCUUGGUUAUUUAUAUAUACGUGCCUGCCUUUUAGCAUAGAAGUGAUAUUUUAGGGGCGAUGGUGUCGAAGAUCCCUUAUGGGUAUUGGUAAGAUGCCU